AUAAGUAUUUCCUUCAAUAGCUCCUCUUUUCUUGUUCCUGUGUCUCAUUCCACUUCUUCUCUCAUAGAAGUUUCUUCAUUCUUCAGCUUCUCUUUUCUUCAAAAAGCACUUGCUUUUCUCUCAUGAUGCCUUGUGCUAAGCCUGAUGCGUCUGAGAAAGACUCAGAGCCAUUUGUUGAGAAGGAUCCAACUGGAAGAUAUGGCAGAUACAGUGAAUUACUAGGAUCUGGAGCUGUGAAAAAAGUGUACAGGGCAUUUGAUCAAGAAGAGGGAAUAGAGGUGGCUUGGAACCAAGUGAAACUGUGGAACUUCAGUGAUGACCCUGCCAUGGUGGAUAGGCUCUAUUCUGAGGUGAGAUUGCUGAGAAGCUUGAAAAACAAAAACAUAAUCUCCCUCUACAGUGUUUGGAGGGAUGAGAAGCACAACACAUUGAAUUUCAUCACUGAGGUCUGCACCAGUGGGAACCUGAGGGAGUACAGGAAGAAGCACAGGCAUGUGUCAAUGAAGGCCUUGAAGAAGUGGUCCAAGCAGAUUUUGGAAGGGCUGAAUUACUUGCAUGAGCAUGACCCUUGUAUCAUCCACAGAGACCUCAACUGCAGUAAUGUGUUUGUCAAUGGGAAUACUGGCCAGGUUAAGAUUGGUGACUUGGGUUUGGCUGCAAUUGUGGAGAAGAAUCAUUCUGCACAUUCAAUUCUUGGGACACCCGAAUUUAUGGCACCUGAGUUAUAUGAUGAGCACUACACUGAACUGGUUGACAUAUACUCAUUUGGAAUGUGUGUGUUAGAGAUGGUGACACUGGAGAUUCCUUAUAGUGAGUGUGACAAUGUUGUCAAAAUAUACAAGAAGGUGUCAUCAGGUGUGAGACCUCAGGCCUUGAACAACAUCAAAGAUAGUGAGGUGAAGGCCUUCAUUGAGAGGUGUCUUGCUCAGCCAAGUGCUAGACCUUCUGCUGCUGAACUGCUCAAAGACCCUUUCUUUGAUGUAACUGAUUAUGAUGAAAAUGGGGAUUCUGCUGCUUUAUGACUAAAAUUGUUUUUAGAUUAUAAGAUAAUAUAUUUGUGUUUUCUAUUUUUUUUUUCAAAAAAAUGAUUUAUCCCUUUUUUGAGUUGAUAAGUCAAGGUGGGGUAGGCUUGUGUCAUUGGUUUUAUUUUUCCCUUUGUUAGGUUGUGUAAUUGGAAAAGGGUUGAACAUGGGUAAAGAAUGAAGAUGCUUGAUUUGUGAUGUCUUUUAUUCUUCCCUAUGUAGGGUUAUGAAGUUGAACAAGUGUUGGAGGGUGUGCUUAUUGGAGAUAUUGUGAUCUUGUAUAUUCAAAAUUCUAUAU